AAACAGAUAGCGUUGGUUUAGCUAGCGACACAGACGAAGUCGGCGAUGCAGGGCGGGAAGAGCUCGAGCGCGGUGGGCGCGGCCAAGGAGGCGGUGGCGAACGUGGGCGCGUCGGCGUGGGCGGGGAAGGAGAAGACCAAGGCCGUGGUGCAGGAGAAGGUGGACAAGGUGAAGGCGCACGACCCGGCGGCCAAGGCCACCGCCGAGGCCAAGAAGCAGGAGCGGAUCCAGGAGGUGGAGGCCGUCAAGCAGGACGCCAUGCGCCAGAACGCCGCCGCCAAGGAGCACGCCACCGCCGCGACCUACCACCCCACCCCCGACAGCGACAGGGAGGCCCGCGCAGUGGAGGUGGAGGGGCCCGGCGCAGGGCCGGCGGGCGCCGCCGCUGCGUCGCGGACCUCGGCGGCAGCUCCGCGUGCGGGGAGCAUAGACGACGGCCGCCUGCCCGCCGGGGCGGGGCACGCGGUGGGCACCCUGCAUGCGCGCGGCACGGCCGGCGGCCGCUCGAUGUAG